UAUUUGUUGUGAAAUUGUAGUCCAUCAUUAUAACUCAGUAUAUUGGACGAAGGUGGGAUUGAGUAAUGUACAAAUGAAAAAUGUUUAGUGUAUGAUCCAGGUGGCAUAUACCCCGAGGUGCAGGAGCAACAGUUGAGCCCGGAAGAAGGGCGGGCCACGGGGACUCGGCUUCGUAUAAACAUGGCGUUUAAUCCAGUUUACUGCGUACAGCGUUUGACUGAUUAGUGGAACUUUAAGGAAGUAACUUUUCAGGACGUCUCAGCUUCAUAACAGGUGGAAAUAAUAUGACGUCGAGACACCCAACGACUACCAAUUGAUAAUGGUGUUAUUUCUUCAGCGGUUUGGCUGGAUUUGAUAAUUUCUUAGCUUGUUAGCUAACAGGCUAACACACUGACGUCUCUGGAUUUACUUCUGUCAACUUUUCAGUGCUCUUUACUUCAGGGCUGCUUGCUUGAUUCAGGGAGUACAGACACCGGGCCUCGAUGAAGAUUUUACACACAGACAUAAUCCUCUAUGUAAGCUGAGGACUGGCAAACUUUUCUGAAGCAAUCAUUUGAUGUUUUUUCUCAGUUUGUUAUUAACACCAAGAGGGCGGAAAUAAACAAUGUUUUCAGCAAAACCUAUAAAGGCAACCUUCAAGUCCUAUCUUCCUCCUGUGCAGACAGAGAAGCCCAUUGAUCCGCCCAUUAAAAAGGUGGAGCCCCAGUUACUUUUGGGGGAGAUUGUAGUGAAUGAAGUCAACUUUGUGAGGAAAUGCAUCAGCAAUGAAAAUGGGCAUGAUGAUCUUUGGGGGAAAUUAAUCUGCACCAACUUUAAGGUCUCAUUCAUUCCUCAAGAAGUCUCUGGAAAAACGAGUACACAUCUGUCCCAUCUUUUACUCGGAGAACAUGACAUCCCACUGACUUGUUUGGAUCAAGUUGUAACAGUAAAUGACACAAAGGGGAAAAAGAAAGUCUUGGGUUCAAACCAAAAGCUGAAAUUUAAUCCCACUGAGCUCAUCUUGUACUGUAAAGACUUGAGAAUUAUCAGAUUCUGUUUUGACGAGGCUGGUCCGGAAAGUGCCAAAAAGGUUUGUCUCGCCAUUGCCCACUAUUCACAUCCAGCUGACCUUCACCUUUUAUUUGGCUUUGAAUAUCAAGGGCGGCGAUAUCAUGAACAAAAAGAAACUGAAAUCAAUGGGUUGACUCCACGGAUCGGUCAACAGACUGUUGUGUUUGACCGUCCUUCUGAUUGGGACCGAGAGAUUAAGAGAACGGGAGCUACAGAGUGGAGAGUGUGCUCCAUCAAUGAACGUUACUGCAUCUCUCAGAGUCUUUCUGAGUAUGUUGUGGUACCAGCAUCUCUGGCUGAUCAGGAUCUAAGACAGUUGGCAGCCUAUUUCUCUGACAGCCGCAUUCCUCUCUGGUGUUGGAAUCACCCUAACGGUAGUUCACUUGUUCGCAUGUCCAACAUUGCGGAUUCAAUACAACAGAAAAAAAUUGAACGGAUCUUAAAUGCCAUUACAAAAAGUCACCCCCAGCACAGUGAGGUCGUAAGACUAGACCUGGACAAGGGCCUCCCAAAUAUCCAGGACAUUCAGAGUGCCUUUUCUAAAAUAAGGCAGAUUUGCGUUAUUGAUCCGUUCGAAGAGUCAGAAGAGAGAUGGUUUUCAUGUAUUGAGAACUCCCGCUGGCUUGAGUAUGUGAGAGCCUUUCUAAAGCAGUCUGCUGAGAUAGUGUACCUCAUUGAGGGAAAGGGGUCUUCUGUUGUCAUUUCAGAGGAAGAAGAUCGAGACUUGAACUGCAUUGUUUCCUCUCUAGUGCAGCUCAUGCUGGACCCUCAAUAUCGCAGCAUCACAGGCUUUCAAGGCUUGGUGCAAAAAGAAUGGGUGAUGGCUGGUCAUCGCUUCUUGGACCGAUGCAACCACUUAAAGAAGAGUGAUAAAGAAGAGUGCCCAUUGUUCUUGCUUUUCUUGGACUGUGUAUGGCAAAUGAUUAACCAAUAUCCAGCUGCAUUUGAGUUUACAGAAACUUACUUGACUGUGUUAACUGAUAGCAUGUGGAUUCCACUCUUCAGUACUUUUCUGUUCAACUCAAGUCUUCAGCGUGCAAGACAUUUAUUGGACUUUGCCAAAACAAAGGCUAUUCCUCCAGGGGAAGAACAAAAUGUUUAUUUCCCACCAGUUUGGGAAUGGUCACAGCAGUUCACUGCCAAGGAACAAACUCUUUUUAACAACCCCAUGUAUAUAGGAAAACGUGCUGCUUGUGUUCACAACGGGGAAAUCAAAACUUUCAAACGUACAAAGAAAGCCUACAGUGCCUCUGUAAAAGGAAUUCUUGUGUCUGUGGCAAAUGGACUCAGAGAUGGAGAGGGAACACUGACUCGUCGUCCGUCUUUUAUGUCUGAGCUAAAGCCGGAGUUCUCACCAGUGAAAGAUGUGGUCGAAAGCCCCUCUGAGCUUUUUUUCAGAGACUGGUUUUCUCGAACUGUAGAUUUGCAGGGCACAUUACUGCCUAUGAUUUUGCCCUCACAUAUAGUACUUUGGAAGCUCUUCUUUUUACGGUGGGUUCCUGAAGCUUGCAUUCCAAAAGGGGGUCCCAUAACAACAUACCACAAGCUCUGCCAAUUGGUUGAUGAAAUUGAAAUGUUGCAGUGUAAGCUUAGGCAGUAUAAAGGACCAAGUCCUGGUAUCAGUCCAGAACCUAGCCCGAGUAAGACACAUUUAGAGCAGAGACGUAUGUAUUUUAAUGCUGGUUGCUUAGAUGAGCCCCACUCACUUCCUGACUUUCUUACCUCAUCAUUUCCUUUUACCCCAAUGGGAAACCUGUGCCGCCGUAGCACCCUUGGGACUCCCAUUAGCAAGUUUUUGAAUGGUGCAAAGAUAUGGCUUUCCACUGAAACUCUUAAUGACACAGUCUGAUCAUCUAAUCUGAUUGCCCCCUUAGCUCAAUCAUGCGCCAACUGCUAUGUAACAGUUCAUCAUUUUAUUGACACAAAAUGCGUUAGUACUAGUAGUGAAUUAAUGUUAUUUAAAAAGAAAAGAAACAUUGCAUUUAUGUUCUAAUUGUGAAAGUUACUGAUUGAACUAAAUUAACCACAGUAACCAAGUAAACUUUAAAAACAAACUUCAUAAUGAGUAAUAUGUAAAUAUAAAAUUUGGUGGGACAGCAGACUGUAAAAUAAGUCUUGGAUUGAUUGCAGUGGGAUGUUGCAUGUCUCCUAAGUUAAAUGCUUGCAAACAUGUGCAAAGUAUAAUUUUUGGUUUUUAAUACAGAUAGGAAGUGAUAUCUUGUAAGAAUUGCCAGUAGUUGAUGUUUCCUCAUUUCUUCUGAGCUGGUUUACAAAAGCAUAUGGGACCAAAAAACAUUGCUGCAAAUAGAAACAAUUUGCAAUCCUUGCCACCAGCAAUAUUUUUGUAAUUUAGGUUUGAAUAUAAUUUUUACCUAAUUAAAUUGCUGAACACAGACAAGGCAAUACACUGUAUUAUUGUAGGUUUUAAUAUUCCAGAAGUAGACUAAUAGGAAAUAUAAUUAAAUUUAGUUUAGUUUUGAAGAGUUUUUCUUUUUUCAUUUAAGUAUUGAAUUAAGAAAAGAUGAAUUUAUAUUUUUAUAGCCCCAAAUUAUGUUUUGUUGAAAACACUGCUAUGCAAACAGAGUGUGUGUAUAUACAUAUAUACAGAAAUAGAAUCAAAUAAAAUUUUGUAUAUUCUAUUUUAAGUUUGUUGAAAAACAGCACAAUACCAGAUCUUUCAUUGCUUUUUAUUGCACAUUCUUGUUUAUUCAUUUGAUUAUUUUUAAAUGUUAACUGUCAUUUUUCAAUGGCUAUAUGUGUUUGAAAUCUAAUUAAUGGUACUAAUCUAAUGGCUGAUUUACCCUUUUCUGCAAGCAAAAGGUAUUUACUAUGCUUUCUCAUAGAUAACUGUGUCUUUUGGAGUGAUUCUUAUGUAGACCGUUUUUAUUCUUUAUAAUUUGUAUUUAUUAAGAUUUAGGUGGAGUUGCAGUGUACUACGCAGUUCAAGUGUGCGGUGGGAGUAGUGACUUUUAAAGCUUUACAAUUUUCUAACAGUAAAGAAUUUAAUGUCAAUGUUAUUUACGUUUUGCACUGAAUCUGAUUUUUGAUGAAACAGGUAAUUACAUUAUUUUUCCAACUAGAA